AUGUCAAAUGAAUUAACCAACAAUGAUUUUCGUUUGAUUUUUGAUAAAUAUGAAAAGGAAAAAAAAGAAAAAGAAAUAAAAUUGUUGUUAAAAGAAGAGAAGAAAUUAAAGAGAAAACAAAAAUAUUUAGUAAAAAAAAAAAAAAACGAAGAGAAAAGUGAGCAGAAAUAUAGAGAUAGAGCUGAAGAAAGAAGAAAAGGAAUAAUAAAAGAUAUAAAAGAUUCCACAGUAUUAUACAAUAAUGUGAAUAAUACAAUUGAUGAAUCCAAAUAUAUGGGAGGAGAUAUUGAACAUACUCAUUUAGUAAAAGGUCUUGAUUUUCUACUAUUAAAUAAAAUAAGAAAUAAAUUAAUUAAUAAAAUAAGCUUAGAAAAAGAAAAAGUUAAAAGUAAUAAAAUUAAGUAUCCAAAUAAAAUUCCUGAGUUUUUAAAUAAUGAAUCUAAAUACAUAUAUAAAUAUUUCUUUUUGUAUGAACAUCCACAUCAUAUAAAUUUUAAAAAAAAAAUAGAAAACAUAUACAACAAUAUUAUGAAUAAUAUGAAAUUUAAAAAUUUUAACAAAAAUAUACAUUAUUUUAAUUAUAAAUAUAAUGUAGAUAUGAAUGUUGAUAAAAAUGACAUACCAAUUAAAUAUAUUUAUAAUGUAGAUAAUAUAAAAACUAAUUAUACAUAUUACAUAAAAGAUUCCUUCUUAAAUGAAAUAGGAAUUUGCUUCAAAUGGCAUAUGGAAAAUAAAAAAAAAAAAAAAAAUGAAAGAUUGUCAAAAAGGCCAUUAACUGGUUUUUUAAAAGAAGAACAAAUUUGUGAUGAAUACAUUGAUAUCUUUAAAAAUGACAAUGAAAAUUUUAAUAAAAAUAUAAACAAAAUAGAAAAUAAUAAUAGUAUAAUGAAUAAUAACUACGAUUAUAAUAAUAUAAAUAAAGUUAAAGAUGUAAGCAUUCAUAUUAAUGAUGAUGAGGUAAAAAAUAAGGAUGAUAUAAAUAAAGAAAAUUUAUCAGAAAUAACUAUUAAUAAUACAGAAAAAAAUAUAAAUUUGUUUAGUUCUGAAAACAAUUAUAAAACUAACAAUCAAAAUUUAAAUGAAAAAAAGAAUAGUUUAAAUAAAAAUGUUUUUUCCGACACAUAUGAAGAAUGUUAUCCUGGUUAUAAUAAAUAUAUUUUUUAG